UUUCCGGCACAUUGACGGCGGCUGCCGGGGCAACAGUGCAGCCACGGACGUGAAGUGAACCAGUGGGAACCGAGAUUCAAAGCAUUUUCACCCUUCAGAAAAGACAGACACGGCGACACUACCUUUUUCGAUUCUACUGCCUGAAUGACAGGAUCCCAUCAGAACCGAAACCCGCGGUCUGGCCUGCGUUCGGACCCACACAGGGGCGCAGAUAUCGACGGUAGCCGUGAGAAAGUAAACCACGGUAUAAUGGCACUUACCCCCUACCCCCGGCGACCAUAGAACCGACAACCCAGCGCAAAGGUCCAUGUGUCUUCUCUGCUGCGUUCCCUAAAACAGCCCCUCCACCUGGUGGCACUGGCUCCACAUCAUGUCGUCGGCUCAGACUCAGAAUACUCAGAAGGAUAACAAUGUUGAUGGUGGCUGCCUGGACGCCUUGGGCCUCAGUCAAAGGGAACUUGUUCUGGCAGAGGCGUUGCAGAUGGAGUAUGACAUGCUGUCUCGUCACAAACAGGAUAAGGCCCAAACAGGAAGCAGAACUCCGACUAUCCCUCCCCCCGGCAGGCUCAGCCCCACCCCUGGUCAGUCCUGCAGCUCUGCCUCAUCAACCGAAGGUGUUCUGUCUGGAUCGGAACCCGCUCUGAACCAGCUGGCAGACUCCCAGAUUCCUCCCCCCAUCCCGUCCCGGACCAAGGCUCCUCAAAGCCAUUUCACCAAAGAGCCUCUUUACAUCUUGAAGGGUCCUGUGGUCAGUAAGGUCAGUGACCCUUCGGGCCCUGGCCAAAGUGACCUAAACGGAUCUGGAUCUGGAAUUCUUUCCAAAGACCUUUCGUCUCCUCCAGAUGACAUUCCUCCUGCCAUCCCACCCAGAAACCCUAUUCACCUGCCCUCGGGAUCAGUGAAUCUGUCGGUGUCACCUCUAGGAUCUGCCUCAUCCCGAGAUGUGAACCUGUUUACACCUGACACUGAUCAACCCAAAAUGAUGGCAGGAGAGCUGGACUACGGUAUCACCUCCAACUCGCCCACACUUGGUGGGGGUCGCCCUAGAAGCCGAAGGUCUUUCGGUGCCCACACGGGAAAACCUGUGGCUCGCAGUAAAACUCUCCCCCCGCAGGUUCCACCCAGACCCCAUCUUAGCGUGGUCAAAAGCAACAAGAACCAGCGGAGGGUUUCUGCAGGCCAGGUGUCGUUGGGCUCCAGAAUCAAUGGGUUUGGAUACGAACUGUUUCAGGUAUCAGAGGAAAGAGAUGAGGAAGUUGCGGCCUUCUGUCACAUGCUGGACGUGCUGCGCACGGCGUACCCCUGGAGUGACCGUUCUAAGAACUCGGGCUUCAUCUGGUCUCCAUCUGUGGGUCAGGAGGAGCUGCAUCAGGGUCUGGGCAUCAGUGUGAAGGUCAGCGUCAUCUGUGAGCACUUCAGAGAACCUUUGACCUUCACCUGCGAUGGCUCAUCAACAGUAGACCUGCUCAUCUACCAGACUUUCUGCUACGCUCACCAGGACCUGGAUCAUCUGGAUGUGGAUCAUUAUCUGCUGAAGGUCCUUGGACAGGACGAGUACUUCAACAACUCUCAGACCCUGGCUUCUGUGGAGUUUGUCCAGCAGUGUCUUAAGUUUGACUGGGACGUAAGACUGGUCCUUAUCAACAGGCAAACGAUCAACAUGGAACUGUCCAGAACGGUCUAUGGACUUUGGUCUAGAGCUAAAAUCACUGAUUUUCUCUAUGGACUUUGGUCUGAGCUAAAACCACUAAUUCUCUUUAUGGACAUGGGCUGUGAACUAAUAUCUCUGACUUUGAAUUACAGGGAGGCUCUGACUCUGCUGUUAGACACAUUCCAUACUGAGGCGGAGUGUUUCCUGCUCACUGAGGCAGAGCUGCCACUGCACGUGGAACGCCUUGUCCAAUCAGUGAAGGCACUCUGCAGCUCAUUGGCCUCUGUGGAAACUCCUGAUAUCACCUCUGCCCUCAGCCAGCUCCCAGCAUGCCCCUGUCGCCUGCAACCAAAAGUUUUAAAAGAUGCAUCGGUGCUUGCGGUCAGGGAGAACCGAGAAAAUGUGGUGGAAAAGCUCACGGUGGCCAUAUUGGAUUUGGUGGAGCUUUACUGCAGCACUUUCAACGCCAACUUCCACACCAUGACGCCACAGAGUCUUUGUCACUCUGCUCCAGUGCAGGAGGUGGGCCUUGUUACCAAUGUGCUCUCCUUUAACGUGUAUGCUGCACACAGGAUUCCCAUCACCUGGGCUGCCAGUUAUGAGAGCUUCUUCUUGUCCUGCUCUCUGACUCAUGGAGGGGCUGAGCUAUGCGCACCCCAGCACACCAGUAAGCAGUCAGUCAGCAAGUACCUGUUCCAUCUGGUGGUGUGGGACCAAAGGGUGUGUUUUCCCGUGCAAAUCAACCAGCUGCCUCGAGAGUCUCAGCUCAGCGUCACCUUGUUUGCCAGCUCCCUGCUUCCACCCGGAGAGGCGGGGGAGAAGGGGAAGCAGCGCCGCAGCAUUGAGACUCUGGGCUGGGUCACCAUGUCGCUCUUUAACUUCAGACAUGUCCUGACGUGUGGCAGGAAGUUACUGGGAUUGUGGCCUUCGACUCCAGGCAGGAGUGGAAACGCUCGGACGAGUUUACCAAACUUUAGUCAACCAGACAGUGUGAUCGUACAGGUGGACUUUCCCACUUCGUCCUUCGAAGUCUUGUUUACAACUCCCCCUCCUGCAGACUUUUGUCCUCAAUAUGACUUCUCCAGACUGGACAGCGCCACCCAGCUCCGGCUGCAGGAUGUCCUGCACAAGAAGUCCGUCUUCUGGUCAGAGACACAGACACGCGCUCUUUUUACACAAAUUGCCCGUCAAGGCUGGCUGGUCUCCAUCCUCACCAACGUUGCUCACAAGGUCCGGGACGCGGCGCCUUCCAGCAGACAGUCUGUCCUCAGAGAAAGUCUGGAUGAAAUGAAGCAGUUCUUCUCCAUCAACAGCAGCUGUAGACUUCCUCUGAACCCCACCCUGCUUGUCAAGGGAAUCAACAUCCAGUCCUGCUCCUUCUUCAACUCCAAUGCUGUCCCUUUGAAACUGUCCUUCCAAAACCUGGACCCGCUUGGAGACAACAUCAACGUCAUCUUUAAAUCAGGAGACGACCUGCGCCAAGAUAUGUUAACCCUGCAGAUGAUUCGCAUCAUGAACAAAAUCUGGAUCCACGAAGGCCUGGACAUGAGGAUGGUCAUCUUCAAAUGCUUCUCCACCGGCAGAGGACGAGGUAUGGUGGAGAUGAUUCCUCAUGCUGACACUCUCAGGAAGAUCCAAGUGGAACAUGGAGUCACUGGCUCUUUUAAAGAUCGACCGUUAGCAGAAUGGUUGUUAAAACACAACCCCAGAGAUGAGCAGUAUGACAAGGCAGUGGAGAACUUUAUCUACUCGUGUGCCGGCUGCUGCGUGGCCACCUACAUUCUGGGAAUAUGUGACCGCCACAAUGAUAACAUUAUGCUGAAGACCAGUGGUCACAUGUUCCACAUCGACUUUGGAAAGUUCUUGGGCCACGCACAGAUGUUUGGAAACAUCAAGCGUGACCGAGUCCCUUUUGUCUUCACCUCUGACAUGGCGUACGUCAUCAACGGAGGAGACAAACCUUCCAGUCGCUUCCAUGACUUUGUGGAUCUGUGCUGUGAAGCCUACAACCUGAUCAGAAAACACACACACCUGUUUCUAAACCUAUUGGGACUAAUGUUGUCCUGUGGGAUCCCUGAACUCUCUGAUCUCGAGGAUCUUAAGUACGUCUACUACGCUCUCAGACCACAUGAGUCUGAGGCUGAUGCCACUAUGUACUUCACCAGGCUAAUUGACUCCAGUCUGGGCAGCGUGGCCACCAAACUGAACUUCUUCAUCCAUAACCUGGCCCAGAUGAAAUUCAGCUCGUCGGAGGAGAGGCCCACGCUCUCUUUCUGUCCCAGGAUUCACUCGGUCCGGAGCGACGGCCUCAUCAGGAGCCUGUUCAUCUGCAGACAUGUGAGAGUUGCGGCCAGCAAGAGCUACGCGUUUGUGGUGAAGGUGGAGCGUGAAGGUCAGCAGGAGGUCCAGCUCAUCCAGAGGACGUUUGAAGAGUUCCAGGAACUCCACUGUAAACUGCGACUCAUGUUCCCAUCGUCCAGACUUCCCAGUUUUCCCAGCCGUUUUGUGAUCAGCCGAUCCAGAGGCGAAGCAGUGGCUGACCGGAGGAAAGAGGAGUUGAAUGGUUACAUAUGGCACUUGAUCCACGCUGACCUUGAGGUCAAGCAGUGUGACCUGGUCUACACCUUUUUUCACCCCUGGCCCAAAGAUGAAAAACCUGGAACCAUCCUCAAUAAACCAACAGGUAAGGUAACUAUAGCUGAUAUGCUAACACUCAAUAACUUCAAGCAGCAAGGCUGUCAGGCAGGUGGCGACGGCGCGCAGGGCGCCGCGUACGGCGGUCCCCUCCCCAGGAUUGUCCCGGUGUGUGGAGACGACGGUGUGCAACAUUCUGAUUAA